UUCUCAGUGCCGGAGCUGACAGCAGCCGCUGCAUUGAGCUGGAUCGAGCCCACUAGCGCACGCAAGGCACUGUCAAUUGCAGGCAGAGAAAGCUGUAGCAACCUGAGAAACUCAUUCACACCGACAAACAGAAUGACUUUUGAAGAACUUACAGGCGAUCAGAAAGCAGACAGGAUGGACGUAGUGAGAAAAGCUUUGGAAGAAGUUUUGAGCUCCGCGCUGGCGCAAGGCUGCAUCACAGUUGGAGUGUACGAAGCAGCAAAACUCCUCAACGCGGACCCUGACAACGUUGUUUUAUGCUUGCUUGCGACGGAUGAAGGGGAUGAUCUGGAUGUGGCUUUACAAAUUCAUUUUACUCUGAUCCAAGCUUUUUGCUGCGAAAACGAUAUUAACAUAAUGAGAGUGAACAACAUGCACCGUCUAGCAGAGAUCUUGGGCGGGAUUGAUGGGGCAGGCGAACCCAAAGAUCUCCAUUGCAUAUUGAUCACUAGUCAAGUUGCACCAUGGAAAGACGCAGCGUUGAGCAAAGUCAGCUGUUUCUGCAAAGAAAGUCGUUACUUGGACCAGUGGGUUCCAAUCAUCAACCUGCCCGAGCGGUGAUCAAUUUUAAAUCACAGACCCUGGAUUUAAGAUUCGCUUUUGUUUCUCAGGAAUUGCUCAGGAGAUAUUCUCAGUAGCUGUCCGAAAACUUGGCGCUGGAAAAUUAGAGUUUUUAUUUGUUGCUGAGAGCAGGCUAGACUGGACUUUCGAUUGUCUGUAAUUAUUUUCUCUGAACGCUGGACUAUGACUCAACUUGAGUUGUGCCUGGAAAUAGUGACAAUGACUAAGCAGACGGGAACCGAAGCAAGGGUUGGAACUGAUUUCAUAGCUGAGAGUAAUAGAACUGCCGGAAGAAUUGCGGGAAUUACAGCUUCCAUUUCGGGAACUAGAACUUUAAAAAAAAACUUGUGUUUUGACAGACUCAUCGAAUGGAUAACAGAAGUGUUUGAAUUUUGUUGUGAAAAUGCAGUAUUGCUGACUAAUUACACGAUGUCACGGAGCUGAGGGGAAGUUUAAAAAACCAAAACCGAAUAAGUUAAGGAUUUUUACUGUACUUACUUACAAAAUUGUACUUUAUUACAAAAACCUUUUUUGCUGUUUUGUCUAAAUAUGAAAUGACAAGUUAUUUCACAAUUUAUAUAAAUUGACGAUUAUUUAUAUUUGUGAAAGAAUUGACUAUAAUUUCUAAAUCCAUUAAUAAAUAUUAUUACUUUUAUU